AUGGCUGCCACAACGGAGAUUGAUAUCGUGUUUACGCGACGCCGUCACACGCGCACCCGCAGUACUGCCAAAUUCACUCUCCUCCUUUGUUCACUCAUCUGCUUCCUGCGCCACUCCGGUCGUUCGGCGGCAGGUAGUCUCGCUACCUCUCUCUGCAAGUUGUAUAUGGCAUCGAUGAAGGUGGCGGAGAGCUUCGCGAUGACCUCAAGCCAACAGAGGGCGCGCGUGCUCGAUCUUUACCGACGUAUCAUGCGAUUAUCCAAGACCUGGAUCUCAGCCACCCAUGAGGCGAGUCAGACCACCAAGGAAAGUGCAUAUAUUCGACAGGAGGCGCGAUCUCUCUUUCGCAAGAACGUCCAUCUUUCUGAUCCCCAGGAGAUUGAGGCGCAUAUUCUGGAGGGUGUGUCGCGAGUGGAAUUAGCGGAGCACUACAAGAACCCCUACCCGCGUCUGUCGAACCUGCCCCAAUACUCCAUGGCAAACCGGUCGAUGAAGCGCACUCAGCGUGUCAUCGAUAACUCCAUGCCAGCCUACCUUCGCUCCUAUAAGGCGGACAGUAGCCCGGCUUUCCACAUCCCCUAUAGCUCUCUAACAAUGGUGCUUACCCAUGUUCCCGAGGAAAGGGAUCUCUUAACCGCGUUUCGUAAGUAG